GAUAGGGACCAUUCACAAGCUAGUGCUGAUGAAUUACCAGACCACGUGGGCACAGACACGGGUACAAAGUACCCUGCAGUCACUGUAAUCUGAUUACUACUGGACUCUGCCACCGUGAUAGUCACUGGACAGUCAUACGACGUCCCUGCUGUCUAGCCAGUGCUUGUCUUGAUUUUAACAUUUUAUUUCUGUACACAAGACAUUCACGAAGGACCAUUACGUAAGGAAUAGACGACACCCAAUAAUGGCAGAUGCAGCUCUUGACGAAGUGGUGCAGACUAUUGGGGGUGUAUGGGUACUUGUCAGAAAUGAAAACCUGGAUGAAUACUUGAAAGAAAUCGGUGUGAACUUUGUAUUGAGGAAGUUGGCAGCGGCGGCUAGUUCAACCAUGACCAUCACACGCGAGGGCAACCAGAUACGUAUCGUCACCAAAGGCCCUAAAGAUACUGACGUCAUCUUCGAGCUCAACAAGGAGGUUUUGUCACAUGACCCCAAUGAUAACGAAAUGAAGGCGACUGUAACGUGGUCUGGCGGUAAACUUACGACAGAUUCCGAACCAACGGAGGGGUCAAAGGGCAAGGCCACUUUGGUGGAACGAUGGAUAGAAGGGGAGGAACUGAUAAUGAGUGUUAAAGUCAACAAUGUGGUGAUGAAAAGGAUAUUUAAGAAGAAGAGUUAAACAGUCUCGGCGAUAUUUAGGUUACGUUUGACUGUAGGACAUUGAAACUAUUUUUCUACUUGAAUCAAGCACAUUGACACUUUAAAACUUACAAACUACUCUCACGUGCCGUGUGGACUUGUCGACAUGCCUUUAUGAGGGUGUUUUUAUUAAUAUUAAAUUAGCGAGACCAUAACUAAUGUAUAAAAUCAUUGUUGAUGUUUUUGCCGAUUUUACACAUAUUAAAUUUGAGUUUGUUUACAUGAUAUAA